AUGGCAGCGAACGUCUCAAGCGCUCCCGUCAAUCCGUUUUCGCAGCACAGUCAGCAGCGACGACAGGAUACGCAGUGUCAGAGUCUUGGACAGGGGCCCCUCGGUUUCAACUCAAGUAAAAUUGGCCUCUACUCAAGCCAGCCUCCAGCCACAUGGCUCGAAGCAAAGGAUGGUAAGAUUGUGGCGACCAAGGAUGCACCUUACAACGGCACCUUCUUUGACUUCAUUCAGUGUAGCUAUGACGCGCCCCCUUACCUUGGUGAGGGCUCCGUUCAGACCUACCAAGGCUAUAUCAAGGCUCCCGAUGGCAACUGUCUUGCUGUCCGGCCUCUGGAGGGACAAAACAUUGCUGUCGUCACAGACACAUGCGACUUCUCCGGGUACCAAGGCUAUGGCGGCGUCGAUGCCAACCAACACUUCCAAUUCCAGCUGCAAAGCUUCGAUUUCUUCUUCUCGAUCGUUUUCCUUGGCGCGACUGCCGGUCCAGUCAAUGCAAGUGACUUUGGCGCCGGCGGCAAUUACCACUUUAGCCUCGACAACACCGGCGAGCUGGAGGUGACUUACCUUGCCGAUCAACCACAGACGGGCAAGAGCAGCGAGCAGCUGAUCGCUCAGAUCGGUAGCCAGUACGUCUCAGAGAAGACCAUGGGUCCUUGCACGCUGGUCAAGAGCGGUCGUGUCGAGCUCGUCAACCAGGGUAGUGGGGAGAUACUGCCCGUGUUUGCAGGCGACUCCCGACCAGGGCACGAUGAGGUCUUCAAUGGGGUAUUGCUGGUCAACGGCACCGCGGCUAGCACCGACACAUUCAGCUUUUACCAGUGUAACUCAACCUACAUGGGCUUCGAGUCUGACAGCAGCAACUUCUACGGUCAUUUUGCCCCGGAUGUUCCUACUCGGACUGGAUGCUACAACGUCGACUACAUCGAUAACAUUGGUUAUCAUGGCCGCGCUGUUAUGUUUUCUAACAGCAAUAACACGUCACCCUCGCCUGAUGCUCCUUGCGGUAUCAACGAUGGCGGAAUCCAGCUUUCCUCCUUCUUCCAUCUCGAGAACGAGGAUGGCAAAUACGUGAUCAACUUCUUGGGCCAUACUACCGCAGACAACUCAGAACAAUACAACUGGAGCUUGAACACGGAGGACACAGACGCGAGUCAACAGUUCCUUGUUGCUAAUCAGACGACGGCCGACUUUAAGCUUCAGUUCAUUGACUAA